ACAGCUGUCCUCUACGUCUACUUCCCCCAAUGUACAGUCAGCUAAGUCACCGGCAAGCUAUCUGAAACAAUCACCAUAUAUAUAAUUUUUUAAUUCUACAGUUAUUAUGUCCUCUAAUAACAUGGCAGAUCCCAAGAGACCAAAUAAGGUAUUACGGUACAAGCCCCCCACCACAGAGACAAACCCGACUCUCGAGGACCCCACCCCGGACUACAUGAACCUGCUGGGCAUGAUCUUCAGCAUGUGUGGACUGAUGCUCAAGCUUAAAUGGUGCGCUUGGAUUGCCGUCUACUGUUCCUUCAUCAGCUUUGCGAACUCCAGGAGCUCGGAAGACACCAAACAGAUGAUGAGCAGCUUCAUGCUGUCCAUCUCAGCCGUGGUCAUGUCCUACCUCCAGAACCCACAGCCAAUGUCGCCGCCGUGGUAACCCCAGCAUCAUGUCCAUACGGUUUGGAGGUGAAAGCGGGAGGCAGAUUGUCCAGCCAGGAACCAGAACAGACACAUAGAGGAACUCGAAGAACUCUCUUGUUAACCUUUUGAUAGUCUUUAAUUGAGGAACACAUGUUGAUGUUUUACAAGAUGAUGCAAUUAAAGUUGUUAUACA